AUGGCGGUGGCAAUGCAGCUCGGCGGCAGCAGCUCUGUGCCCAGCGUGGCACAUGGGACAAUCUGGACAGACAAGCCCACAGGACACAAGAAGCUGAGCCAGGGGCCACAGGCAGACCCUGGUACCAUGGCCAAGCUGGUGGAGUGUGUCCCCAACUUCUCAGAGGGGAAUAACAAAGAGACCAAAUGGGGUUUGCUUCCAAAUGGUCCAAACUGGACCCUGCUAGAUGAUGACCAACCCUUACCUGGCUGUGCUCACCCCCAGCUUUCUCUUGCAGUUUACCUCUAUGCAGGGGCAGCACAGGAGGAGAGCAGGAAAGCUCUGCCCACCAUUGCCCUCAACAUCCGUGAGCAGGGGCGCGGCACUGACCAGCCUGGGCGCUUGAAGAAGGUGCAGGGCAUCGGCUGGUAUCUGGAGGAGGAGAAUGUAGCCCAGGUUUCAACGAACCUGCUGGACUUUGAGACCACACCGCUCCAUGCCAUCUAUGAGGAGGUGUGCCAAGAUGCCAAGGCACUGAAUCUCCCCGUGGUGGGGUCCCAGCUGGUGGGGCUUGUCCCCAAGAAGGCCUUGCUGGACGCAGCCGAGUUUUACAUGAAGAAGGAAAACCUCUUCAUCCUAGAGGAGGAGCAGAAGAUCAGGAUGGUGGUCAGCCGGCUGGGCCUUGACUCCCUGGCUCCGUUUCACCCCCGGGAGCGCAUCAUCGAGUACCUGGUGCAGGCAGGAGAGGCUGGUGAUGGAGGGCUGGCGGCCAAGCCGCUGGGUGCCUUUGUGCGAGCGGUUGGUGGGAGAUCAGCAGCACCGGGAGGAGGCUCUGUGUCUGCAGCCGCGGGUGCCCUGGGAGCAGCGCUGGCAUGCAUGGGGGGGCUGAUGAGCUAUGGGAAGAGGCAGUUUGAGGCGCUGGACCCCAUCAUGAGGAAGUUGAUCCCCACCUUCCACCAGGCCAUGGAUGAGCUGCUGGUGAUGGUGGACGCUGACUCCCGCGCCUUCAGCAGCUACAUGGAGGCUGUGAAGCUGCCCAGAAGCACCCCUGAGGAGCAGGAGAGGCGCACGGCUGCCAUGCAGGAGGGGCUGAAGACAGCCGUGAGGGUGCCCUGUGCCCUGGCAGAGAAGGUGAGCAGGCUCUGGCCUGCUCUGAAGGAGCUGGCCCAUCACUGCAACCUGGCCUGCAGGUCCGACAUCCAGGUGGGAGCCAAAAUGCUGGAAGCAGCUGUGUUCGGAGCUUACUUCAAUGUCAUGAUCAACCUCAAAGACAUAACAGAUGAGGAGUUCAGGCUUGCAAUGUCACAGAAGGUCUCUGGGCUCCUGGAGGAGGCAAAGCAAGGCUCGGCGCUCGUGCUGGUGCUGCUGGAGAAGCGGGUGGCCUGAGAGGAGCUCUGCAGUGGCAAAUACAGCUGGGAAACAUGAUUA